GCACUAUAACAUAGCGCGCACCUAAGCGCGACCCCCUCUCUCUAUUUUUCCAAAUUUUAAGUAUAUACAACAUCAAGAGUCCAUCCGUCAAGUAAGCUCUUUGCCUAUCACUGUAUUCUGAGCACUUGAACUGUGAACAUCGACUCUUUCUCUCUACUAGACACGCAGCAGUGUGAGUGUGAGAUCAAGCGAGACAGAAGGAAGGUAGUUAUAUACGUCAACAAGUCAACAAAGAAAACUCGAAAUCAUGAAGGUUACCGUAGCUACGCUCACCGAUGAGAUUUUCACCCUCGACGUUGCCGAAGAUUUGGAAUUGGAAAAUUUCAAGGCAUUCUGUGAGAUUGAAAGCCGAAUACCAGCCAACGAAAUAGUGAUACUGCAUAAUGGCCAGCCCUUGGUAGACGCCAAAAUGUCACUGAGUCAACACGGAAUUAGAAAUGACGAUACUGUGGUACUGCAGCAAAUCCAUCAGUCCUUGCCAUUGCCGACGCAACAACAGCCAGCUCACCAAAAUUUAGCUGGCUUAGAUUUCAGUUCUAUUAGGAUUCCGAGUUCUCUAGGAGCAGCUUCAACAUCGAGUGGGAAUUUCAGAACCGGGGAUGAUCCAGCUAUGAUCCGAGACAUGUUUUUGGCCAAUCCAGAUCAAUUGUCGUUGCUGAAACAGAACAAUCCAAGACUAGCUGAUGCUCUACUCUCCGGUAAUUUGACAACAUUCACUGAUGUUUUGAAUGAGCAGGUAAAAAUCAGAGAAGAAAGACAAACACAAAGGUUGAGGAUGAUGAAUGCCGAUCCAUUUGAUUCAGAAGCGCAAAAGCUGAUUGCUGAAGAAAUAAAAAGAAAAAACAUCGAAGCCAACAUGGAGGCAGCUAUGGAAUAUAAUCCAGAAACUUUUGGUUCAGUCGUUAUGUUGUACAUUAAUUGUAAAGUUAAUGGACAUCCAGUAAAAGCUUUCAUUGAUUCUGGUGCACAAGCAACAAUUAUGUCAGCUGCAUGUGCAGAGCGUUGUCAUAUUAUGAGAUUAGUUGAUACCAGAUGGUCAGGCAUUGCUAAAGGUGUUGGCGUUCAACGUAUUAUUGGUCGCAUACAUAUGGUACAGAUACAAAUUGGUAACGAUCAUCUUACAACAUCAUUCAGUGUACUAGAAGAGCAGCCUAUGGAUAUGUUACUGGGUUUAGAUAUGUUGAAAAGACAUCAAUGUUCAAUUGAUCUCAGAAGAAAUAUUUUGGUCAUUGGCACAACAGGUACAGAAACACCAUUUUUAACUGAAGGAGAACUUCCAGAGUGUGCAAGAUUAACUAAUAACGAAGCAGACAGUGAAAGUGAUUUACAAAAAGCCUUGGAAGAUAGCGCCAAGGCAGCAAACAAUAGCAAAAUGGAUACAAGUGAAGUAAGUUCUUCAGACUCAAAGUCAACUGCAUCAAACUCAAAUGACAUUAUUGAACCCACGGAUCCUUUUACAGAAGCAGUAGUAGUAGAAAUAACUGGUCUUGGUUUUGCUAGAAGUAAAGUUAUAUCUGAAUUAAGACGUUUUAAUGGGGAUAAAAAUCAGACUAUUGCUGCGCUCUUUGCUAGUUCUCUUAAAUUUUGAUAACAUUACCACAUAUAAAAAUCAUCAAAGCAUGGGUGCAUAAGUAAAUUAUACUUUUCAAUAUUUAA